AUGGCUUCCAAAUCAUUCCUUCCAGACAUUCGUACCAUCAUCCAUCAGAUUGAGUGCACAUUCAUCAUCUUGGAUAAGCAGCGAUGGGCAGAUCCCAGUAUAGAAGAGGAGCAGUGCAUGGUGGGAGAUGUCAACAUGUUCCUGACGGAUCCAACAGACCUCUCCUUGGCUGAGCUGGAGAUCAUGAUAGCAGAGCCCAGUUACAGAGGCAAGGGCAUUGGGAAAGAGGUGGCACACAUGAUGAUGUGCUACGGAGUCACCAAACUCGGGAUCAAGAAGUUUCAAGUAAAAAUCGGACUGGACAACCAGGUCAGCAUCAGCAUGUUCAAGAAACUCCACUUCCAGCAGGUGUCGGUGUGUAAGGUGUUCAAAGAGGUGACUCUUGUGUUGACGGUGGAUGAGUCUGUUCGGACAAGGCUGCUGGAGAACGUGGCCUUCAUGAAGGAGAGGGACUACAGACAGACCUGCAGCAACAGGCAGGAGCUGGUUUCAUAGCGUUGUGCUGCGCUCUCACAUCCUAAAGACUCUUGGCUGAAGCUCAUCAUUCUGCACAGCUGAACAAACCCAGCAGGAAACUGGAUUGUGGUUCAGACUUUCACAUGCACCACAGUUGCCUAUUUUUAUUCAUAGCCUAAUACCAGGAUACCUGUUCAUUUCAUCUCAAUAGAGGUGAGAACCUCAAUAUAGUUUUGAGGUGAUGGCUUUUUACUUCACUUCCUUUGACUGACAGCUGGAGUUCCUGUUUGCACUAUAUGGCCACAAGUAUUAGCAUAAAAGUAAGAACUUGUGGUUCUGUGCAGAUAGAUGCAUUUUGUUACCUUUGAACAGAGUUGUUAUACAGUAUGUAAAUUUUAUCUGUAUAAAAACAAUUUACUCUUUAGUUGAGAAAUUGAAAACCACUGUCUGGUGAAUAAGUAGUAAAAACUGAGGCCUAAACAGUAAAACACAUUAUAGCAAAUAUGUUUGUCUCGUAUUCCAUCUAAUUGCUACAUUAGUCUGCUGCAUCUUUCAUAAUUUUCUUGUUCACAUCUGGGAGCCUGAUGGUUAAGAUUACAUAAAUGCCAGCUGCAUGUUGUUGUCCCUGUAUCCACCCAGUGUGCCAUUUGGAAUUUGGAAUGUAAGCAACAUUUUGAAUGUAG